UCCACCGCGUUGAUAGCGACAUUUCCGACGGUCGCUGAAGGCAGCAUCAGCUCCAUCCAGGAGAGCAUCUGUUAGUAUACAGCUGUGUUCAGCCGAGGAGGGGGGCCGACAGCACGGCGACAGACACCCGGGUUAACAGCCCCGUUCUACCGGUCCGGACUGUCGACACGUCACUCCCUUUUGUAAACAACAACAACAACAACAGAAAACAUGGCAGAAGCCCACCAGGCGGUGGCCUUCCAGUUCACCGUCACUCCGGAGGGCAUCGAUCUGCAGCUGUCCCACCAGGCCCUCACUGAGAUCUACCUCUCCGGUGUGCGCUCCUGGAAGAAGCGUAUCGUCAGACUCAAGAACAGUGUGAUAACAGGGGUAUAUCCUGCUAGUCCGUCCUCCUGGCUUUUUGUGGUCAUAGCAAUCCUGGCUACAAUGUACACUCGCUCCGACCCCUCCAUGGGACUCAUAGCCAAGAUACAGGAGCACCUGCCAGUCAGUCAGUCGAUGAGUACCCAGUGCCAGGCCUUGUUGUCGGCAGUGCUCUUCAGCACCAUGCUAUGGCUCUUGCUCAUCUUCACCAUGCGCAUGUGCCUCAAGCAGCUCCUCUGCUACCACCGCUGGAUAUUCGAGCAGCACGGCAAGAUGUCCAACACCACCAAAGUCUGGGUGGCGCUGGUGCGGAUCUUUUCUGGCAGAAAGCCUCUGCUCUACAGCUACCAGGGUUCACUGCCAAACCUGCCUGUGCCUGUCAUCAAGGACACAGUCAAGAGGUACAUGGAAUCAGUGCGUCCGCUGAUGGAUGAUACCGAGUAUGAACGCAUGGCCAAGCUGGCAGCAGAGUUUGAGACCGGGCUCGGUAAUCGCCUGCAGUGGUACCUCAAACUCAAAGCUCUCUGGUCCUCCAACUAUGUUAGUGACUGGUGGGAGGAAUACGUCUAUCUACGUGGACGGAGCCCAAUAAUGGUCAACAGCAACUAUUAUGGCAUGGACUUCUUGUAUGUGACACCCACACCUAUCCAGGCGGCGAGGGCAGGCAACAGUAUUCAUGCAUUCUUCUUAUACCGCCAAAAACUCAACAGAGAAGAGAUCAAACCUAGUCGUAUACCAGGCACUGUCAUUCCUCUGUGUGCAGCUCAGUAUGAGAGGAUGUUCAACACUACACGCACUCCUGGAGAGGAGACCGAUACUCUGCAACAUUGGCAGGACAGCGACCAUAUAGCAGUAUACCACAGAGGACGCUACUUUCGUCUAAAGGUGUACCAGGCAGGCAGACUCCUGUGCCCAAGAGAGAUUGAAUUUCAGAUUCAGAGGAUCCUCGAUGACCCUACACCUCCUUCCAAAGGAGAAGCCAAUCUGGGAGCCCUGACAGCUGGAGACAGAACUCCAUGGGCUAAAGCCAGGGCGAAGUAUUUCAGCAGUGGGGUCAAUAAACGCUCUCUGGACUGCAUCGAGAAAGCCGCCUUCUUUGUGACCCUGGAUGAUGAUGAACAAGGCAUGAGGGGAGAUGACCCAGCAGCUAGUUUAGAUAACUACGCCAAAGCCUUGUUGCAUGGGAAAUGUUAUGACAGGUGGUUUGACAAGUCCUUCCAGGUCGUUUACUUCAGCAAUGGCAAGAAAGGCAUAAAUGCGGAACACGCGUGGGCUGAUGGGCCGGUGUUAUCACACGUAUGGGAGUACACCCUGGCCACUGACUGUUUCCAGCUCGGUUACAAUGAAGAGGGCCACUGCAAAGGAGAAGUGGAUUCAUCUCUACCACGACCACAGAAGCUGAACUGGGAAAUCCCUCCUGAGUGCGAGGAGCAGAUCUCUCAGUCUCUGGCAGUGGCCCAGGCCUUGGCUGACGAUGUGGACAUGCACGUUUUUGCCUUCCGAGACUUCGGAAAAGGAAAGAUCAAGAAGUGCCGAGUCAGUCCAGAUGCUUUCAUUCAGAUUGCUCUUCAGAUGGCCUACUACAGGGAUCGGGGCACUUUCUGUUUGACGUAUGAAUCCUCCAUGACCCGUCUGUUCAGGGAGGGCAGGACCGAGACGGUUCGCUCUUGUACCAAUGAGACCACCGCCUUCAUCCGAGCGAUGGAGGGUGGAGAGGCAGCAGAUGUGUGCAGGCGUUUGUUCCGCACAGCGUCGGAAAAGCAUCAGCAUCUAAACCGCAUGGCUGCGACUGGAGCUGGUAUUGACAGACACCUCUUCUGCCUCUACGUGGUGUCCAAAUAUCUCGGAGUGGAAUCUCCGUUCUUGAAAGAGGUGCUGUCCGAGCCCUGGCGGCUGUCCACCAGUCAGAUUCCUUUCCAGCAGUUGAACCUAUUUGACAUAAUCCGCUAUCCAGAGUACGUCUCCUGUGGAGGGGGCUUUGGACCGGUGGCUGAUGACGGUUAUGGGGUAGCCUACAGCAUUUUGGGAGAGAACAUGAUUAACUUCCAUGUCUCGUGCAAGCACUCAUGUCCAGACACUGAUGCCCAUAGGUUUGGUGAGCGGAUCAGAAAAGCCUUACACGACCUGCUAGACCUGCUGGGCCCCAACCAAAAAGAGCCCAACAACACAGAAGAGAGGCGGCCAGAGGUCAAGAAAAACCUGUAGGCGGUUACUCAGGGGAAAAAGGAUGCUGAAGGGAAGGUGCACAAACAUACGUGUUACACUAUGAAUUGAGGAGAGACAGUUGUUUUUUUUCCCUCAUGCAUUUUAUAGCCAGCCUGAUAACAUUCAAGAGACAGCUCUGUGAGGAAACUGAUAUAAUGGAGGUGAUGUUUUCACUGAUUUGCAUCUGUAUUUGUGUAUGUAUAUUAGCUGUGUGGUAUGUGUGUGAGAAGGAAAAAGGACCCUAGAAUAACAAGUGUAAUUCAAGUACAGGGAAAAAAAUCAAAUCAAUAAAACCUCAAUGACGUUUGAUUAUUAUAUGACGGCUGUGAAUUGCACCAAUCAAAGUUAGGGUAGAAGUUCCUGGAACAUAAUCUCAUCACAGGAAGUAACUUAAUAUAAACUCAAAUGUUUAAAAUCAUUACGUAUACCACACUUUUUUGUGCCAUUUUUUUUUUUUUUGAACUUUUUUGAUAAAUGAUUGGAAGUGUGUGUGUGUGUGACAUUCUCGGAGCAUUAGUGAAGAGAGAAAACAUACUGGCCCGUCGAAGUGAUUCCAGUUUCUGCCAUCUGAAUGCAACAUAGCUGUAACAGUGACACCGGGUAUUUUAAAAAUGUAGAAGUCUGUGACUUCUCUGUGUUUACUCAUUAUGUAUAAAUCUGCUUUCUAUAACAACACGAUUGUAAAGCCGUGCUGAGUGCGACCAGCUGUUUAUACGUGUAGUGACAUGACAUGAAUUUAUUAAAUCCAUACUCUUA